AUGGCACCCAGAAUGGCUACAACAGCCAAUGGGCAUAAUGGCACACUCCAAAGCCCCCAAGGUCAGAAUGUCCCACCCACAGAGACCUCCCCACAACCCGACGUAUUCAACGCCAGCUCCGUCGCCGAGAUCAAAGCCACGCUGUCCCACCUCCACACCCAAGAAGCGUCAGUGACAGCUCGUCUCGAUGCCCUAGUGACAUCCCAGAAAGACCUCUCCCGCGAGCUGGGUCGACUAGAUCUAAUGCGCGUCAACAUCGGUGCUCAUGCCAGCACCACCCGCUCCAUCAGCCACGGGAUGCUCUCCGAAGCCGCCGGCACCGCCGAGCGGAUCUCCAGCGCCGUCCGCCGGCUGGAUCUCGAGCAAGCCCGCGUGAAGGCCACCCUGGAGGUCGUCGAGCAAGUGGCCGAACUCAAGGCGUGUGCGCUAGGCGUGGCGGGGUCAAUGGGUGCGCCCCAGGACUGGGAGAAAGCCGCCAGCUACCUGCACCGCGCGGCGCAAGUUCCGGCCUCGGUUGCCAAUAGCGCCUUUGCUGCGGAGAUGGUUCCUACGGCUGAGGUUCCUGACCCGCCAAGUGUGACUCUGGAUAACGCUGCGGAGUCGCUGUGCGGGCUGUUCCUGCGUGAGUUCGAGAAAGCGGUUAAGGAGAACGAUGGCGCCAAGAUUACCCGCUUCUUCAAGCUUUUCCCGCUCAUUGGCCGGUCUGAGGUUGGGCUCGAUGUCUAUGGAAGAUAUGUGUGCCAGGGCGUGGCUGCGAAGGCGCGCGCUAAUCUUAAUGGGGCCACUGGUGGUGCUCAGGCUAAGGAUGGGUUCUUCUACGCUAAUGCACUUACCAAGCUGUUUGAGCAUAUUGCGCAGAUUAUCGAUGGCCAUGGCGGGCUGGUUGAGCAUCACUAUGGCCCGAGGAAGAUGGGUCGGGUCAUUGAACGGCUGCAGGUCGAGGCUGAUGUACAGGGUGGUAUCAUUCUGGAUACCUGGGGCGAUGAGCGACAUGUGGACCGCAAAUUGAUGGAUAUCAAAUCCUACGCCUUCACUUUCUUGGUCCAGAGCUUUUUGCCCGCGCAGCGACCAGGACCGCCCUCGCAGGCACCUGCCAUGGCAGGUGCUGCGGUCGACGAGGAGGGUGUCGAUAUGAAAGAAAUCGACGGUAUCUUGAACGAAAUGGCUAUCAUGCUAGGCCGGUGGUCGCUGUACUGUCGGUUCUUGGCUGACACAUGCAAUUCUACGGAGGAUGGUGCAGACGAUGAGAAGCGAUUCGAGCUCCCGGCCUUCUUGCGCGAGUCACCUCUUGCCCAGAAGAUCAACGACCGCCUGGUGUCCCCCUUCAACGCAAUGACAACCUUCUUCUUCCGACGCUCCGUCGAAAAAGCCUUCCAACUAGACGAACCCCCAUCAGGCCUAACACUGAACCUCCAACGUCCCCUAAAAGCCGACCCCCCACACAUAACCUCAGCCGUGGACGACAUCAUGUACAUCGUCAACAAAGUGAUCCAGCAAUCCUUGGCCACAUCCCAAGCCUCCGUCCUAACAAACGUGGUCCCCACCCUCUCCCGCGUCCUCGGCUCCGACUUCAUCGGCAUGACCCAACGCAAAAUGCGCGACGAAUGCUACCCCCGACCCGCCGUGCAAGGCGGCCUCCCCCCGGAAUCCACCACCAUCUCCUUCCUAGUCCAAAUCAACAACCUCGACCUAGCCGUCGACUACAUCCGCCGAAUCGUCCAAAACAACACUGGCUCCAAAACCCUCCCAACAUCCGACUCCCAAAACCCACCAGCUCCAACCCCUCAUCUCCUCUCAAUCUUCCCAUCCCCGCAAACCGCGACAACCAUAUCCCAAACCCUACACACCCUCCACACAACCUUCGAAUCAAAAGUCACCGACCUCCUAAACGACGGCAUCCAAGUAAUCUUCAACAACACAAUCAAACCCCGUCUCCGUCCGCUUUUAGCAGACGCCUUCCGUGACGUCGAAUACAUCCCCUCGUCCGCAGAUGACUACUCAGACAAAGAAACAGUCAAGCCCCGCUUCGCGGCCCUCUGGAACGACCUCUGCACUCCUUUCGCCCGUAUCCUCACCCCAGCAGCGUUCGACCGCGUCCUCGGCGUGACCAUCGCGUAUCUGGCUCGGUUGCUGGAGAAGAGGCUUUGGUCGUACCAUUCCAGGAUUAAUGCGCUUGGCGCUGCGAGGUUGGAAAGAGAUGUUGCGGGGAUUGUGGGGGCGGCGGUUGAUGUGGGGUCGGGUGCGGGCAGGUAUAAGCAUAGGGAAUGUUUUGCGAGGUGUGUGCAGAUGACGCUGGUUAUGGGUAUGGAUGAGGAGGAGUGGGAGGAGGUUAGGAGGGGGGGUGAUGCGGCGGAGGUUGUGGGCAGGCUUUCUAAGGAGGAGGUUGGGAGGGUUAGGGGGAUGGUUAGGAGGUGA